AUGGUGCGAUGGCUUGCAGAACACCCGCUGGGUCGUGAACUAAUUGGACGCAGAGGAGAGGCGCCUAUCGUAAUGACAGUCAACAAAGCAGCGCAGAAAUUUCACUUUGGGGUGAUGCAGUAUCUCUGUGAGCAGUUCUUCCAAGAAAGUGGCGAAGGCCCUUCUGGAGGUACCGUGCUAUCUGCGGUCGAGAAAGGCCGUGUGGACUGUGUCAAGUGGCUGCUUGAGCGAUUUUCGUUUGUCAACAGCCUGUCGGCAGAAGACGUGGUUGAAAAAGCAGUGUUGUGGUGCCAGGUUGGGAUUCUGCCAUAUUUUCACGGCGUUGACAUGUUAGAAAAAUUUCAGACGAUACAGGAGAAUGACGGACGAGUGAAGCGACAGCGUACAGGAACUAGCAAGCCCCGGUGGCCGCGCUGUUGCAACGUUGUCAAGAUGGCCGCGGAGAAUGGCGACCUACCUGUAUUUCAAUGGUUGUACGAAAAUCGGUGGAGCGAGUGCUCGCCUCGUGAAAACUCUUCUGAGGCCAUGGACACAGCAGCCGCCUCGGGAUGGCUUCACAUUGUCAAGUGGCUCCACCGCAUACCCUCAAUUGGUUGCUCGGCAGCAGCUAUGGACCGGGCCGCAGCAAACGGAUCCCUGGAUGUGAGAUGGCUGCACAAGAAUCGAACGGAGGGUUGCACAACCGAUGCGAUGGAUGAAGCUGCGUACGGCGGAUACCUCAAGCUGGUGAAGUGGCUUCAUGCGCAUAGGAAGGAGGGCUGCUCAACGCACGCGCUCGACUCCGCGCAGCAAACGGCCAGCUGGAGGUGGUCUAGUGGCUGUGGAAGAAUCGGAGCGAGGCUGUACUGA